AUGAGCGCAGUUGGCUCGCCAUGUCAUGGCGCUUCCCCUCCCCGUCCGCCAACACUCGUGGCUGCCGCAUUCUCAGCCGCACCACACUGCGCGCGUACCGUAGGCCGUCCAUCGCUCCCGGGCUCUCUCUUCCUCCGCCCCCGACUCUCCGCGCCUCGCCACCCUUGCCUCCGCCCAUCCCGCCCCAUCCGCGCACCUCCUCCCGCGGCUGCGCUCGACGGGCUGGGCGCGGUGUACGGGCAACUCGCGGACGCGCUGCUGCACGGGGUGCCGCUGGGCAUGGACGUGACUAUAGCGAGCGUGCAUCACGAGGUGGCGCAGCUCGCGGCGUCCGCCGGCAUUCCACUGGACGACCCCGUGAGUGCCCUCGCGCCCCCCCACCUCUCCUCCUUCCGUCCCCUUCAUCCGCAAUCCGCGCGUCGUUGCGCCUCUUGCUUGCGCACUAACGUGCUGAGGCGAUUCUCCCCCUCGGAGGUGAAGGUGGGGCGACAGCUGGGGCACGGCAACUUCGGCGUGGUCUACGAGGCCACCGUCGCCGGGCCGCGCGGGCAGCCGCAGCGCGUGGUGGUGAAGCGCAAGGCGGCGGGCGCGGGCGCGGACGAGAUGCAAGACGUGGAGCUGUUCAUGAACCACCGGCUGCAGCGUACGGUGCCAGGAGUGGCGGCCAAGUUCCUGGGGACGAUGGAGGUGCAGCCGGGGAACAAGCUGCAGGAGGGCGUGUGGCUGGUGUGGCAGCACCAGGGCGACAGCACGCUGGACCGCCACCUCAAGGACCGCCAGUACCCCGCACCGCUGGCCGCCAUGCUGCUGGGCGUGCAGGGGGACGCGGGGGGGGUGGUCGGAGGAGCAGCGCAUGUGGGUGGAGUGGCAGGUGGCGCAGACCGUCAUGCGCCAGAUCCUCUCCAACCUCCGCGCCCUGCACCACGCAGGAGUGGUGCACUGCACAGGGACGUGAAGCCGGCCAACCUGGUGGUGCACCCCAUUCACCGAGUGGUGCACCGGGACGUGAAGCCGGCCAACCUGGUGGUGGACGAGGGCGAGCGCCACCUCUGCCUCAUCGACCUCGGCGCCUGCGUUGACCUGCGCUCCGGCCGCAACUAUGUGCCCAGUGAGACGGUGAUGGAUCCCAAGUACGCCGCCCCCGAGCGCUUCGUCAUGCCGCCCGCCACCACGCCGCACCUGCCGCCCGACCCGCUGGCAUCGCUGCUGUCGCCGUUCAUCUGGGUGGCCAACUCCCCCGACCGCUUUGACGUCUUCUCCGCUGUACGCCCUUCCCCCUGCUGCCCUUGCUGGACGUCCUGCCCCUGCAACCUCACCUUCUCUUCCCACUGCCACUAUGCGGGUCUGUGCUGUGUGCCCAACGCCUGCGUCCACUGUGCUGUUAUGUGCCUCUGUGCGUGGGUGACGUGCUGGGCCGUGCAUGCGGGGGUGGGAUGGGACCACCAGGAGGGGUUCAACAACGAGUUGAAGCGGUGCGACUACGAUCUGAGCAGGUGGCGGAAGAAGUUCCGCCCCGCCAGCGCUGACAUGGCCGUGCUCGACGCCCAUGGCGGAGCGGCGUUUGACUUGGCAAAGCAGCUGCUGCAGAAGCGACCCAACCACGACCACGCCUGUUUGGCAUGGGGCGGCCAUCAGCAGGCCGCGCCCUGCGCCACCGCUUCUUCUCCCUGCACUCCCCUCAACCCUUCCGCCUCCCCCGCUCCCCCCCCUCCGCCACGCCCGCGUCCGCCCCCGCCACCGCUGCCCCUGCUGCUGCUGCGCCCGCCACUGCCCCCUCUGCUGCUGCCAGGCGCAGCAUGGCGGCCCCCCCCUGCUGCCCCCACUGCUGGUGGCGCUGCUGCUGGGCGCGCGGGCAAGGGGGAGAGGGCGGAGAGGGCGGAGCGGGGGGAGCAUGGGGAGAAGGGGGAGAAGGUGCAGGUUGGGGAGGAUGCGCGGGGGAGACACAAGGACGUGGGACGGAAGAAAGGCCUGGGUGCUGUGGAGGUGGCGGCAGGAGGUGCCAAGGCAGGCGAGAGGAGUGACGGCGUGAGAGGGCGAGGGGAGGCAGGCCACGCAAGAGGGGAUGUGCGAGGAGGGAAGGAGGCAGCGGCACAGGGAGGAGGUGCGAAGGAGGGCAGUGAGGUGGGGAAGGGGUUGCUGGUGCAUGCGCUCAAGGCCGUGGUGCCGCCUCCCACCGCCCACCACCCCCAGCCCCCCCUGCACGCCCCCACUGCUGGCGGGGCCAAGGCAAGGCGGGCAGCACCGGGUGACAAGUCGGGGCAGGUUGCAGGCAGGGGGGACGCGGAGAGCGCAGAGGGGGAGAGCGGCAGGGGCAGGGGAGCAGGCGUGAGGGCGAGGGGGGAACGCGGGAGGGCGGGGAGCAGGCCAGUGGAUGUGGCGGGGGCGGUGAAGCGCGGGCACGUGGCGACAGCGUACGUGCUGGGGUCGCUGGUGGCCGGGCUCGCCCGGUCGCUGGAUGACGACAAGAGCCGCGGCGGGGGUGAAGGGGAUGCAGGCAUGAGGCGUGGUGUGGUGGGCAGCGAGGCGGAGGCGGGUGAGGGUAAGGAGGCCACGGGAGGAGGUGGGAAGGAUGAGAGAGAUGGGGAAAAAAGGGAGGUAGAGGGCAGGAAGGAUGGGAUGGAGAACGAAGCUGGGCGUGUGGUGGGGGGUGGUGCAGAGAGGUCAGGGGUGCAGGCGGGAGGCGAUGGAGCGAGGGUGGAGAUGGGACAGGGGAAGGCAGUCGAGGCGGGGGGCAGGAGGCGGGAGGGGGGGAGUGAGGGGGGCGUGGGAGUGAGUGUGGCUGUGGGCAUGGCGGAGGUGGGGGUGGCAGCAGCGGGUGCGACAGCGACGGCAGUGAUGGCAAUAGCGUCCUCCGUGUGGCGCGACAUGGCCACCCCCUCGCCCGCCCCUCCCGCCCCCACUGCCCGCAGCAGCCCUGUGACAGCAGUGGUGGAGGCCAGUGAGCAGGGCAGUGGGAGGAAGGGGGGGGGGAAGGAGAGGAAGGAGCAGGAGAGGGUGUUGCAAGAGGCAGUGGAAGCAGCAGCGGAGGAGCGGGAACGGAUUCUGAGGGGGGUUGUGGGGAGUGAGGGCGGCAGGCAGCAAGAGGGGUCGCCUGUGGAGUUGCAUGCAGUGGUAGGAGGUGGCGAGGGAGGGGCGUAUGUGGGGGGGGUGGAAGUGGUGGCGCGGGAGGGGCGUAUGAGGCGGCAGGUGGAGCGGCAGGUGAUAGCAGAGGAGCUGCUGACGUCAGUGGGCGAGCUGGGGGUGCAGCUGGGGUCACUGGAGGAGUCGCUGCAGGCGGGCCGGCAUGUGGCAGCAGAGCAGCAGCAACUGCUCACCCGGGUCAGUGCUGUGAGAGCCACGCUUGCCAAGACCAGGAACUGA